CUCUUCCCUCCCACAACACCAUCGUCCAUCACAACAAGAAGAAAACACAGUCAAAAAACUAGUAACAAACAAGUCUCUUUCAAGCCUCUCCCACCAAUCUCUAAAAUGUCUUCUCUCUACCAUUUCACCAUCCUCCUCCUAAUUUCUACCCUACCCAUCCCUUCCUCUGCCACUUCCCGCAAGCUCGCAGCUCUGGUUCAGCAACAGCCUCUCACUCUCAAAUACCACAACGGCCCACUUCUCAAAGGCAAUCUCACCCUCAACCUCCUCUGGUACGGCAACUUCUCCCCUUCCCAGCGCUCCAUCAUCCUUGACUUCCUCCAGUCCUUGAACUCCCCCAAUGCGCCGCCACCCUCCGCCGCGUCCUGGUGGCAGACCACUGAGAAGUACAAAGGCGGCACCUCCACACUCGUCCUCGGCACCCAAAUCCUCGACGAGAAUUACUCCCUUGGGAAAUCACUGACGACCUCUCAAAUAAUCUCUUUGGUCUCCAAAGCCCCGCAUGUGAAUUCUAUCAAUGUGGUUUUGACUGCGGCUGAUGUCGCCGUCGACGGCUUUUGCAUGAGCCGGUGCGGGACUCACGGGUCUGGUUUUUCUAACCCAAAGGACAAGCAGAGCAGGUUCGCCUACGCGUGGGUGGGCAACCCGGUGAGUCAGUGCCCGGGUCAGUGUGCUUGGCCAUUUCACCAACCCAUAUUUGGACCCCAGACUCCGCCAUUGGUGGCUCCAAACGGCGACGUUGGGGUUGACGGAAUGGUGAUCAAUUUGGCCACGGUUUUGGCUGGUACGGUGACGAACCCUUUUGACGAUGGUUACUUCCAGGGGCCUGCGACGGCGCCGUUGGAGGCCGUAACGGCUUGCAAGGGUAUAUUCGGGUCCGGAGCAUACCCCGGAUAUGCUGGGUCGGUUUUGGUGGAUAAGGCUACGGGUGCGAGCUAUAAUGCGAAUGCGGUAAACGGGCGCAAGUACCUGCUGCCGGCUAUGUGGGACCCACAGACCUCCACCUGCAAGACACUCGUGUGAACGAAAAAUAAUACAAUAAAUUUCCAUCUGAUGUACAUUUGAUUUUUAUUAUUUAUAUACUGCAUAAUAUGGUUCCUAUACAAGUUUCAAAAUUACUUUGUUAAUUUGAAGAAAAAGAACAUUAAAAAUGCUAGUUUUAUAUUUUUUCUUUCAA